AUGUCAACUCCAUGGUCAACCUUCAUAACUGACUUUCCCAACAACACUUUACUUCCUGAUCCUAAGACUUAUAGAAGCAUCCUCAGUGGUCUACACUACCUCACAAUAACACGUCCAGACAUAUCCUAUUAUGUGAAUUGGGCAUAUCAAAAAAUGCACAACCCCUCUCAUGAAGAUUGGCAAACCCUCAAGCAUCUUCUUCACUAUCUAAAGGGCUCAAUUACUUUGAACCUUCAUCUCUCUCAUAACUCUCUUCUUCAGCUCACAGCCUACAGUGACGCAGAUUGGGCCUCUUCUAAGAAUGAUCGCCGAUCCACUAGUGGUUAUCUUGUUUAUCUUGGAAGAAACUUGAUCUCCUGGUCGUCGAAGAAACAUUUUAUCGUCUCAAGAUCAAGUACAGAGGCUGAGUAUAAAGUUCCAGCAAACACGGCUGCUGAGUUUAUCUGGCUAAAUUCCCUUCUUAAUGAAAUUCAGAUCAAUCCACAAGGCACUCCAAUUCUCUACUGCGACAAUCUAGGAGCUACAUAUCUAUCUGUUAAUCCCGUCUUCCACGCUAGAACAAAACACAUUGAGAUCAAUUUUCACUUCAUUUGUGAAAGGGUCACCGCCAAACAAUUGCAAAUCAGAUUUCUUCCCAGCACUCAUCAGCUCGUUGACAUCCUAACAAAGCCUCUCCUCAAAAGUCGUUUUCAAUGA